AUGCCGCGCCCAGCCGUUCGUCGUUUGCAAUGGAGUUCUUUUUUUGCGCUGGCGGUGGAUGCUCAUCCAGUGUAUGCGGACAGCUUCGACCUGCUGUUUGAUCCAGUGGAGGACAUCGUGGACGAACAUGAGCACUGCGGAUGGGCCAACCCCAUCGAUCUGACAAUCAAGGCAUCAACCUCCAGCCCCUUCGAGGCCCACGGCCAGGAAGUGAUUGAGAUACGAGAAGACGAUUGCGGAAACCGCGUCUUGAUGAUGGGUGGCUUCCUACAAUGCCAUAGUGUGGAUGAACAUAUUUAUCACGAGAUGAUGAUUCAUCCUGCCUUGAGCGUUUUCCUCCUCCAGUCUGGCCGUGCGCCCGAGAAGAUCUUCCUGGGAGGUUCUGGUGACGGUGCCGGGCCGCGCGAAGUGCUGCGCUGGAGAAGUGUGCUGAAUGCAACCAUGGUCGACAUCGACUAUGAGGUCACCAGAUUCGCCUCAGAAUGGAUGCCCCAGUUGGCGAACGGCAGUUUUCAGGACCCCCGCUUGCACCUGGUAACAGGUGAUGCCAUGCAGUACCUCCAGGAGCUUCCAAAGGACCAUACCUUUGAUGUCAUAAUCCUGGAUUUCCCAGAUGUGGCCGAUAGCCGGGCUUUGGAGAAGCUUUACAGUGUCGAUUUCUACCGCCUUUGUCGUGAACAUAUGCAUGAAAAGAGUGUUUUAGUGGCCCAGACUGGCCCCUGCACGCACAUGAACCGCGCUGGUUUUCGGGCUUCGUGCAACAUGUUGGAGCAUUUCAUUUUGCCCAGCAUCGUCAAGGUCUUCCAGGAAGUAGAUGUGUUGCUUCACCCCAUGGCAACUUGGAAAGUGGACAGGAGUAUCUCCUCAGAGUGGUCCAGCUUCACCAUGGCGAGGCUGGCCGAAUUCGAGCCGCUGGAUGUGUCCCAGGAAUCCUGGAGGAAGCACAUCGAUGGAGAGUUGAGGUACUACAGCGGAGCGCGGCAUGUGGCGGCACUUCACCAUCCAAGGCCCAUGGUGAAUCGUUUGUUGACGUUGCGUGGCAAGGCGCCCUUGCCUGGUACUUCACCGCUGCGGCAAGCUGCCGCGGAGUUGUGA